UAUCGGAGAUCGUCGUCUCUCUCUCUCUCUCUCUCUCUCUCUCUCGUUGCUCUGCGAUCUUCAAAUCUUCCAAAAUCUAGGGUUUAUCUUGAAUUAAGAAAGACUCAUAUUUGACCUAACAACACAUCUCUGUGUAGAUCGCUUUCUUUUUUUAGUUCAAAUUCGUUUUCAUAUAUGCUUAUAUAUAUAUAUAUAUAUCUCUCUUCUUGGGGAGAGAAUUUUUCGGACGGGGUUUUGGAUUUGAAUGAGAGAGAGGGUUGGUGAUUGGUGCAUGUGCGGUGCCGCCAAAAGAAAGUGAUAAUAAGGAGAGACUGCGGUUUAGCGAUUAGAAGCAGGAGUAGGUGGGGAAAUGCGGAUGAUUUUCUCUCAACUACUUGGUUGCUGAGAUAAUUCAAAAUUCUUCCGUUAGAAUUUUCUUUUCUUUUACUCCGUUUUGCUUGAGAGGGAGGUGAAUAAGACAAACUGAUUUCCUUGGUGCAACAUUUCUGGGAAUUUGCGAGGAAGAUGCAGCAAGAUCAAACCAGGAAGGAUGUAAAAGAGAUGGACUUCUUCACUGAGUACGGCGAUGCCAAUCGUUACAAGAUUCUAGAAGUUAUAGGAAAGGGAAGUUAUGGACUUGUAUGUGCAGCACUUGACACUCAUACUGGUGAGAAGGUUGCAAUUAAGAAGAUACAUGAUGUGUUUGAACACAUUUCUGAUGCUAUUCGAAUCCUGCGUGAAGUGAAGCUGCUCAGACUUCUGCGGCAUCCUGAUAUUGUUGAAAUUAAGCGCAUUAUGUUGCCACCCUCAAAGAGGGAGUUCAAAGACAUAUUUGUUGUUUUUGAGCUUAUGGAGUCUGACCUUCACCAAGUUAUUAAAGCAAAUGAUGAUUUGACUCGUGAACACCAUCAAUUUUUCCUUUACCAAAUGCUUCGUGCUUUGAAAUAUAUGCAUACAGCUAGUGUCUACCAUCGUGAUCUUAAACCAAAAAAUAUUUUGGCAAAUGCAAAUUGCAAAUUGAAAAUCUGUGACUUUGGACUAGCAAGGGUUGCAUUUAGUGAUACGCCAACAACAGUUUUUUGGACGGACUAUGUUGCUACACGAUGGUAUAGGGCACCUGAGCUGUGUGGAUCAUUCUUUUCUAGGUAUACGCCAGCCAUUGACAUUUGGAGUAUCGGCUGCAUCUUUGCUGAGAUAUUGACAGGGAAGCCAUUGUUUCCUGGUAAAAGUGUUGUUCAUCAGUUAGAUUUGAUCACUGAUCUUCUUGGGACACCGUCACCAGAGACCAUUUCAGGAGUCCGGAAUGAGAAGGCGAGGAAAUACUUAACAGAAAUGCGGAGGAAAACCCCUGUUCCUUUUGCUCAAAAAUUUCCCAAUGUAGAUCCAUUAGCAGUUCGAUUACUACAGAGGCUUUUAGCAUUUGAUCCGAAGGAUCGGCCAACUGCUGAGGAGGCACUGGCUGAUCCCUACUUUAAGGGCCUUGCAAAAAUUGAGAGAGAACCUUCUUGUCAGCCAAUCUCAAAGUUGGAGUUUGAAUUUGAGAGACGAAGGGUGACAAAGGAGGACAUCAGAGAGCUUAUAUACAGGGAGAUACUAGAGUUUCAUCCUCAGCUGCUCAAAGACUAUAUGAAUGGAUCAGAGGGCACAAAUUUUCUGUAUCCUAGUGCCAUAGGACAUUUCAGAAAGCAAUUUGCAUACCUGGAGGAAAACAGUGGUAGAAGUGGUCCAGUUAUACCUUUGGAGAGGAAACACUUCUCUCUGCCGCGGUCUACAGUUCACUCUAGCACCAUCCCUCCUAAUGCUCAAACAAAUUUGGCUUCACAUGAUAGCCGACAGAAUAUGGAAGAGGCUUCUAAAAAUAGAGCACCUUCUGGAAAUGGAUUAACUUUGGCACAUUCAUCAAGGGUUUCACGGCCUCCACCAAGAGUGCCAUCAGCCAAACCAGGGAGAGUUGUGGGAUCAGUUCUACCAUAUGAAAAUGGAAGAAGCAUCAAAGAUGCCUAUGAUGCAAGGACUUCUUAUAGAAAUGCAAUACUUCCUCAGACAGUUUCUCCGCGAUGCUUCUUCAGGACAAACACUAUGAAUCCGGAGAAGUCUGAAAGAGACUGUUCACAAGUCAAACCACAAGUUUCUCAGUGCAAUAUGGCUGCAAAAUCAGCUUCUCCUGGGAUGGGCGUUGACACAAAUACGAAUCCAUAUUAUCAACCACAAGGCAAGAUUGACCAAUUAAAUGAGCGAAUUUCAAUUGAUGCGAAACUGCUGCAGGCUCAAUCUCAGUUCAGUGCUGUAGGUGCUGCAGCUGUUGCUGUAACUGUUCACAGGAAUGUGGGAACCGUUCACUAUGGGGUGUCCUAACUUGGGUACAUGCGCCUAGUCAUCCUUGAGUUGGAUGGUUAAAACAGCUGUUCUGAGGAUUGGGGUGUUUGACUUACUGAAAAGGAGAGGUAGUCCUGGAACGAUGAUCUCUUUUCUCACUCGAUGGUCUCUUUCUCACCCUAAUCCACGCAGCAUUCUGUAAUUAUAUUAUGUUAGGUCAUUGAAUAUGAAUCAGAAUAAAUGGCUUUCUAAUUUUCCAGAGAUUUUAGCAUAGCAAGGCGUUUUCUUAAAUCAUGAUUUUAGGUACUUUGCCGGAGUGGUUGGCGGCCUUAAGUUCAUCUGGAAUCUGAAUCAAUUGCUGAAUGGUAGAAGUGUUUAGGAAAGUACUUUUGACAACGGGAGAAAUUUUCUUGUUGUAAAGCAAAGAUCACAGGCAAAUGGAUAAGAAAUUCUUCUGUAAUCUGAACAAACUGGGAUGUUGAUAUCUUUCAGGAUGAAUAAGUAAUCCUACCAAAAUUUCUAGAUGUCUUAGUCUCUUUGUAUAGCUUUUGUGACUUGUUUGGUUUAAGAUGUGAUAUUUACAUUUGGCUUAGUGGAAAUUAGGUUCUGAUA